AUGCCUUCCAUCCAAUCCAUCAGCCUGGCCUUCAUCGCCCUCCUCGCUACGACCAAUGCCAUCACGGUGAGCGAUGGCGGCGCAGCCGGCGGCUGCCCAGGCGGCUGCUGCAUCCCGGCCUGCAACGUGAUCGCCUUUGGCGAGGGCGACGAUCUGGGCGCAUUCGGAACCGCGUCUUUCGCCGACACAUGCAAGCAGAACUACGACCGGAAGAACGGCGGUACAGUUGAUCUGGGUGACGACCACCAGGCAACCUGGGUCUACGAAGGCGAAGACAAAGUCUUCCUCGAUGUCUUCCGCAAGAGCGACAAGAAGUAUAAUCGUUUCGAGAUUACUAAUUGUCAGUUGGCUUCCACGGGUGGGUCGCAGUGCGCGCCUAGUGGUGGGGGCUGUGAUGCUAAGCUGAUCCUCGUUGAGCAACAGGGCUAGAGGACUGACUGCACUUAUGACAGUGUGUGGAUAUGGUUGCUGUUGAGACAGCAACACGGUCGGUGUCAGCCGACUAUUCGCCAAG